CCUCCUCUUUUAGCGUUUCGUCAGGGGAAUUUGCUUGCUGCUACUGUCGCUAGCCCAUUACUGCUGCGAGUGUGUCGCCAAGGCAUAGAAACCGAAAGGACUAUGUUGUGAAGUGUGCGUCCAACUGGAAAAACUUGACCUCAUAGAAAAUAUAUCGAACGAGAUUGGCGGAAAAGUAGACAUAAAAAUCAUCGAUUGUUGUGAGUAGCUGCGCACACGUGUCGUUAUCUUCAAGGCCCAUUUAUUGAAGCAGCAAUCAAUUGGAAAGCAGAGCGUGUUCGCAGUGUUCAGAAUAAAUCGGACAGAAGCUAACGAACACCCUGACAUGGAAAAUGUAGCAAUAUUUUGUUGAUUAUUGCGGUCAUGUUUGUGUUCAGUUAGUCGUCAGUUAGUGAGCCACGCAAGUGGCUAGACGGGCGGAUGUAAUGGUCCCUCGCCACGCUUCUUCCCCCUUUCCACACAAGGCACAGACCAGACGACUACGAGCGACAGCUAACGAAGUGGCCGUUGCCAAUCGGGGACAGUCUGCUGAAACAAAAGAUUAUAAUCUUAUGUUGUCGUGUCAUAUUGAUAUGCAAGUUGGACAUUAAAAAAAGCGUUCAAAAUUGUGACCCUGUACGUCCAUGGAUGCACUUGGACGUAGUUUACAUCGAAGUAUUAACAAGAAUUGACGCAAAAAGUGAAUCAACGUAUUGUCAAAAACAUUGACGACAACGACAAAGGAAAAGCUUCAGUGGUGUCUCCAGACAAAGGAAGGGGUAGCAGUUUUUACGGCUUCUGACUAGAGCACCAAGUGACUGCAGUGGGUGAUAAGGCAAUUUACUCAAACUCAUUCCACCCUAAGAUAAAUAGAGAAGGUUACCAAAGCAGGCAUCUCGCUACAGAAUACGGUCGCUGUUAUUUAAUUGGUGUCACAGGAAAGACGACGGCUGAUGCCUAUUGGUAAUGGGCAGCUAUCGUCGGGGCGACGACGGCUAUCACGUAGUAAAUUCUUUUUUUAAUUAGAAAUUAAGCGGAGGACCGGUAGCAAAAGUUUUAUGUGAGGUAAGCUAAAUCAGCAAAAGUAUACCAUUGUUUAGUGCGCUAUUUUGGUACAAUAAGACCUGCUUAUGCGAACUGUGCUUUUUAAUUAAGCUACAGGUGCUAUUUAAUAGGCAAUGCAGAUGAAAUUAGAUUAAUUGCUAGUAACAACACUUCUGCCUUCCGGUAUCAUGGUGGGUACCCGUUAGCAUUAUCAUUUCGUUUAGAUCAGUGAUCAGUUAUGUCUAACUUUUAGACAAUAGAUAUGAUCUACAGACUCCGGUUCGAUCAGUUGAUCUUCAGCAGUUGAGUCGAGUCGAUGCACAGACGAGUAGAUCCUCGGCGACGCAAAAGCGUUCAGAAGAUAUUUAUCUUUUGCAGCGCUGUUCCACCGUACGUCAGAUGCAAGCCUUGCAAAAGUGAGGUAUUUGUAGUUUUUAUUAGCAACAAUGCCUAUGAAACUCCUAUAUGGAUAGUGUGUUUAAAGCCUAAACCAAGUCGCUGUUUGUGGAUAGCAGCCAGAAGCUAUAAAGUGGAGCGUCGUCUAGUAUAGGCUUAAGAUGAGCAUUGUGCUGAAAUCCCUGGAAUGAACGACGAGUGAAAAUUGCUCGUAAGAAGAAGAAGAAGAAGAAGAAUAGUCGGCUGACGUUGGUUUACGCUUACUGUUUUAGCAUGAAUUUUUUCGUUUAGUACGUGUUGAUAUGCAGCGUAACUAUGACUGCUCGAUGUAAUUUCAGAUAAUCAGACCUAACCUGUGACAUCCAGGAUAAACCUUACUAGUAUAGUUAAACGUGCACAGAGUUUGCCAGUAUUCAAAUAUGGUACAUCAGUGCUGAUUCACUGCUAAGAUCGCUUGAUUGUAGCUAAUUUACAAGUACACAAUGGUAUGCCUUAAAACCGAAAUUUCGGGAUAAGCACAAAAAAGUUGUGCACUGGACGCGUCACAAACGUUUGUGUAUUCAUGGCGGAAAAAUCCAACUAGUUUGCAACUUGGUCUUUCAAUACAACGCAGAAUAGUGGCAAACUAGCAUGAUCUGGCACGCAAGGAAAAACGACUUUAUCUGGUGAAGUUUAGCAGCUUAUGGGGGUAUUACUUUCUUUUCAUCAGCGUGCUACUGAACUUCUUUGGUUCUUAGGAUUCGUCGUUUGCCCUAGAGGGUAUACUGGGUGAUCUAGAAAAUUAUGACGGGUUUUAAGGUAAAAUCGAAGCAAAUGUCUUUACAUUUUGAAAUAAUAUUGAUCAACCAUUCUAUAUUAACCACUUUAAUCAAUAACCUUCACCCCUUUUUCUGGUAGUACCAUAAUCUUAUAAGUGUAGGACGUAUCUUCUGGGUGAAAAGUUCUGACAAGUCAUUUUUGUGUCUCUCCAUUGAAACUAAAUUAAUGACAUUAAGGUGUACUGUAGAGAUUGAAAUAAAGGAUAAUCUGAAGGAUACGAGCGAUACGGUAAGUGCAUUUAAGUUUCCCAUUCAAGUUCUCUUGAUUUUUGCUGGUUAACUGAAGUUGUACGUGGUCUGGCAUUACCAUGGUAAGCGACACCUUUUCUCUUUACUAGUUCCGGUCGAUUCUUUCAAUGACUUGUUAUAACCUUGUUAGUUGUUGGCAGUGGGGGUCCGAAUCAGGCGUUUUGCUAACAAUAAUUCGCAGUUCCUUUCUAACCCCAGCAAAAUUAUACCAUGGUCUUCUUGUGCUUAAGUCCGAGUUUUAUCACAUCCUGUAUAGUACAUAUUUUUUUUCGUACGCUAUUGUCAUCUGUGAUUUACUUCUCAUCACCCCUGAUCAAUCUUUUUAUAUAUGGCUCGAUUUCGUUGUAUGUCUGUGAAGUUUCGUGGAUAGAAGUACGGUCGAGUAAAUUCUUUCGCGUGGCAUCCGAAUAGCAAAUUUCUGUUUGUAGCCAGCUUUUCUCGACUGGUUAAAAACUGUUUGGUAGUAAAUAUUUAAUUCGUUAGCGAUAUCAUGACUAUUUACGCAUUGGUCUUACCCAGCUUCCGCAAUAAUUUCAUCAGCUUUUUUUCGUAAUUGGUCGAUCAAUACGAAGAACAUCUUUCAUACCAAAAUUUCCAAAAUGAAAACAACAGGACUAUUUUUGGGUUAAGAUACUCUACUUUAAGUCAGAAAUAAAAUUAUUUCAGUCAAUUUCGAUGUGUCUCAUACCGUGAGAGCUUGGCUUUAAAAUGAUACAAACUGACCCGAUGCAACUCACAUCAUCUGAGUUAUGUAUUUUAAAGUUACCUAAUUACUUAUUACUACUUUAUAAACAAUCCAAUAUUUUAUCAUCUAACGGAUAACGAUUUUAUCUGCAAAUCUUUAUUUUGUCUUUUUUGUCGUUUAUGCUACAUAGUAGAGGUUCACAUGGCAAGCGUAUUUUUGCUCUUAGGUAAUUUUCAAUGUUGUGAGCGUGUAGUGUGACAGUAUACAGUGAUUUGCUACAGAGCCGUCUAAUAAUUUCUGUAUUUAUGUUUGUGGCUCUUUCCGUUUAUAGACAGAUUUGCGAACAGGCGAUUUCCGUGAAGUCAUACGUUUUAUUCAAUAGCUGACGAGAGAGCGACAAUUGUACGGUGCCGAGUAUAAACAUUAAAAAAAAAAACUAAAAAUGGAUAAGCCGGCUGAACCAGUGGAGGUGGGAGGUUGGAUAAGGCGAGAAGUAUUUGCCAAUGGCUCGUUUGGUCAACUGUCUGUUUGGGAAGAACCUGCUACGAAAAAAGUUAUUGCUGUCAAGAUAUAUAAGGGCUCGCCCCAGACUCUUAGGGAGAAGCAACGUGACUACUGGAUAAAGGAGGUGGAAAUUAUGUACAAGCUCAACCAUCCAAAUGUCGUUCGCGCCGUACCGCUGCCAGAGCCGCUAAAAAACUUUAUACAAUCAUGUGUGCCACCGCUAGCCCUGGAGUUUUGUCGUGGAGGAGAUCUGAGGCGGAUGUUGACUCGUAGCGAGAACCUUUGCGGUUUACCCGAGAAAGAAGUUAGAAACGUCCUUCGCGAUAUCUGUCAAGGCUUGAUCUACUUACACAAAGAGGGCAUUAUUCACCGAGACCUUAAACCAGAAAAUAUCGUUAUUCGGUUGAACGGUGACAAUCAACGAAUCUACAAGAUUAUCGAUCUCGGUUACGCGAAGGAAUUGGACCAAACCAGUCUGGCUCAAUCGUUCGUUGGUACUCUUGCCUAUUUAGCGCCAGAGCUCUUCGAGCAACGUCCGUAUCGUAAGACAGCCGACUAUUGGUCCCUUGGUGUGUUAGCCUUUGAAGUGGCAACUGGAAUCCGACCAUUUUUUCAUGAGGAUGCUCCAAUGUCUAACUUACCCCAUAUUAAGAACAAGAAAAAUACGCAUAUAUAUGCAAGGAAGACGGUGGGCGGACUUGAGUUUUACUCAACAAUGCCCGAGUGGUGUCGGUUGAAUGAGGUAUUUAAGAACGAUCUUACAGUGUGGCUGACAAAGAUGCUCGCGUACGAUCCAAAGGAUCGAACGCACGAACCGGGGUCGCCCAGUUCACUUGAGGUAAUGCUCGCCAUGCUCAAGCGGCCCUUGGCCCACGUUCUACACACGAACGGUCAAAAAGUAGUCAGUUUUACUUCAGACUCUGUCGCGGAAAAUUUAUACACAAGCACCAUGGUACCUGUGGAUAGUCAAUUCCUGCUGUCUGUCGAAGGACAGGAGAUUGCGUUCGGCGAUCUGUUGAAGCUUGGAGCUAGCCAUUUAGAGGAUGGCUCACUGUGCUCCUACCUAUUCAACUUUGACGGGAGCUACAAUUUGUCACCUAGUACCCUUCCCCUUAAUGUUAAAUACAUGCUAGCCCAUUAUCAAAAAGCGAUGCAUUAUCCGGAGCAGCGACUGCUAUGGCAACACAUGUAUAACUAUGUGGACAAGGAAUUUGUCAGAUGUUGUCAAAUGCUGGCAGCGUAUCGCGCUCUACUUGUGCACAUCAAUAGCAUACAGAGCGAGUUCUCUGCCAAACUAAAUGGCUUGUCAGCUACUUACAAAGAGAUAAAGGUCCUUGCGCAGCUCUUGCAGGAUGACCAAGAAUAUGAUGAGAAGGAAUUGCAGAAAGUGCAGCACUCUGCUUUAGAGGAGUUACGUAUGACACCAGGCAACGACACAAAAAAAGUGGUGACACGGAUCAAGGAUAAAAUGCGCGUAAUCGUAGCCAAAGCCAAUAUGGCAUACAAACAAGUACUCGUGCUCCGUGAAAAUCCCUUCGGUAGAACCAAGCCUCCAGCAGCUCUUGCGAAUCUCCACGAUAGCGUACUGGUUUUACUGGGCAACUUGAGAAAGAUGAACAACGUCGAACGGACAAAGCCGCAUUCGAAUAACGCGAUGGUGGAACAGGUGAAUAAGUUCAGCGAGGAGCAUCGCCGAGUUCUAAAGGAAAUCGCUGGUCACAUUGUAGGUGCCUUAGAGCACGUGAAGGACGUUCGGCAGAAUCUCCGUGAAGCGAAUGAAUUCAUCAUGGAAGUAGAAAAGGAGCACGCAAAGUUGAAGCUCAACCACCAGGCUCGCCGCACGACGAUUUGGAACGUCAUCAAAAAGCUAAUGAUUAGUGCUGAGAACCCGUCAGCUUUUAACGGCUCUACUGCCAACAGAACCGUUGGUGGCAUAGAUUCCAUCACCAUGAUGCCUGAUGUCGACAUGCUUGUUCGUGAAAAUGAAAAGUACCGUAGCGCACUUGACUCGUUGAACGCAAUGAUGGAGAGCGAGAUGCAAGUUCUAGAUAAAAAUGGCCAAGGUGACCAAGCUAAUGAAAAUGACGGGAGCGGUCAAGUCGUAUGAUCUCUUCGAGGAACUCAAGAGCCAACGACCGACGGCCUUGUGGUUUGGGUUGCAGGAGGAAAAGAUAUAAUAAUGGCUGUUUUUGCUGAUCAUUGUUUCUGUUAACCUGUUUGAUGUAAUGCAAUAUAUGGGUGGAUUAAGUAAUGUACCCUAAUCCAACAAAAAUAAUUUCCGUAUAACUAGGCCCAAACAAGCUAUACCUAGCUUCGUAAAGUGAGAAAGUCAGCCCUUCAAGAUUGCAAUUAUCGUAAUUGCAAUUAAUGGAUUCAGAACAGUCUAAUAGUGAAUGCAGUAAAAGUGUUAUUAUGUUUCCUGUGCAUUUUAUAUAAUGAUUUAUCAAUCAUCAAAAGCUUAGCGUGAAUGAGAAACGUGUAUGGCUAUGUUUAAACAUGCAAAGAUGUAGAGAUUGUAAUUAUACACCAAUUAGGCCCCUUGCUUCUGUCAGGCUAGAUUUAGAUUAUAAGAGAAUAAUGGCAAUGUUUAAUUCGGAGGACUCAAUGAAGCCUAAAUACAAUUUAAAGUAAAAACCACUAUGGUAGUAGAUGAACGUAAUGCGGAUAGAAGAAACGGGAUCAGAAACUUAAAGCACAUGAAUGAUGUGUAAAAAAUUGAAGAUAAUUAUGAAAAUGUUAGGGUUGAAUAAUAGGAUAAUGAAUUGAGGUAACUUUGAUUGAAGGAAACGGAAAAUAAGCAGAUAAAUGUAUAAAUGUAAUAUAACGUCUAUGUUUAUAAUAUUCACACACACAGAUAUAUAAUGUACAGUGCAAUGUUGUUGUAUAUAAUUCUAAUGACUCGUAAGAGCAAACGAAAUCUGUGUAUGGAACAAAGCUCACUUUCUUCGAAAACUUUCUGUUUCGUUUGAAUGCGUGGCAGUCAGGUGUGGUCAAUCAAGUAGAUACUUUAAGUGUACGAGUCAACAGUGACAUGCUUUUUAUUAUACAUACACAUAUACGCGUUUGAUCACAUUGCAUUUGGAUCACAUUGUAGGAUGGAUUGUCUUGCACAAAUGUGUCUAUCAUAUUAUGCCACAUUUAUUUCGACAUGGAUUUUGGAGUUGGAUUUUAGAGAGGUGUCUAUGAGACAAAGAGGAAAAUGAAACUGACCGUGGAAUAAUGAAUUGCAAUACAACAUAAAAUACACAUGGAUUUUGAAUUUUGUUCAGAUUUUGCCUAUGUUCAAAGAAACAAUAAUAAUAGUAGUGACGUCUGUCUGGGUAAUGCAUGAGCCUUUUAUUUCUUUAAAAAAUACACUACUUAAUAGGUAAAUACCGCAACACUAUAGUGCUCAAAUAGAAAAUGGAGAUUGAUUAUCCUAACAAACAAAUUCGGCAGUAAAAGAAGUAUUAGCCAAUUUUGUCCCUCCCAGGCAUGCAAAUGAUACAACAGUGAAUUUUAGGUCUAAUCCAGCAUGAUUGUAAUGAAAGCAUAUGGGCCGAAAUACCAACAAGGCAAUAUGCAAGAACUAAAAUGAUUAAAAUGACAGGUAAUCAUACAGACGAUACUACGCGGAUCUGAAGCAAUCUUUGAAAGCCAGAAUAAUUCGGGCAAGAAAGGUUGCGUUUAUAAAAUUGUCAUAUUGAUAUUAGUAAAACCGUUUCAGAGGCAGUUAAUAGGAAAUAUAGGUACUCUAUUAGAGUUAGACAAACCUGCUGUCCUAAGGAUUUUAAAAUAGAUACAUAAUAUGGCAGUUUAAUCCGACUGCGGCUCGUCAGCGCUCUAAAAAGAGACCAUAGGAAGAAGGUAAUAGUUUUCUGAAGGAAACUUCUUGGAAUAUCUCGGAAGGGCAACGGUUGAAAUAAGUCCUGCGAGAAAACUAUGGUUCUGCCAAGGAGGAUAAAGGCUAAGAAGAAAUUAUAUGAGUAUAUUAUGUAUAAGUAUUAUAUGGGUAUAGGAAUUAUAUAGGAAAAAUGCACAAAACCCUUAAAGAGAAUUAGACUAGACUUUUCCACGACUCCGUCGCUGAAAUGACAGCUGCAGACGAGCGUUUGAAGGUCAGAUCACGUGCAACAGUUGUCUCUUCUGUCCCUACGACGAAUUUGGCUACAAGGCAAGAAUAUGUGAAAUAGAAUGUAAUCUUACCUAUGCGAGAGGUUCCACAAAUGAAAAAACAUUUUGAUGAAGUACUCUGCGCUAACUGCGGUGCUUUCCCGCUGCUAGCGAUAUACGCCUCGUGAGGAAUAUGUUCACGGAAAUUGUGAGAAAAAGGUCGCACAAAGGUAAUAUUAACUUUCAGGUAUUUGUGAGUGCAUCUGACACGUAUGCGUAAAGGAGGCCUACAGCUGUCACGGACAGUUGGGUCGAGUGGUUUUGUGUUCAAACCAACUGCUAUUUUACCGGAGCAGGGCAACACUACGUAGUCGGAUACGU